GGGCGUGGAAAUCAAGCUCUUUGCUGCCGGCCAAAAGAGCGCGGAGGUAGAAAGAGUGACAGGGAGGGAAAGAGUGACAGGGAGGUAGAAAUACCGGCGCCACUGCUGUACUCGGCUGUACGUUGUGUGCGGGGACACAACAUCGCGACCAGCGUUUCCUGUCUCCUAUUCGUGGCGAGACUUGAGAGCGAGACGCACAGAGAGACGCUCGGCAGAUCCGAGGAGAGGCUGCGUUGCACGUGUGAUCGUUAGCGACGUGGUGAGCCCACAGCUACCCAUCGGCGGCAAUGGCGGCGUCCUCCUUGCCGUCCCGCUUAGCUCUUUGUGAAAAUGCCUUGUCAGCAGGUUUGCGAGCGGAGCUUACCGCCGCCCGCCAUUAUAGCGAUACAGAUGCCUCUUCCGUGCUUCCCGCCGGCGGCUCCGCGCAGUCAUGCGAGCUAGGCGCAGCGGCAUUCCCGUCGUCCUUCUUGGGAACGACGACGACGCCAUCGUGUGGCCGUCGCUGUAGAGUUCGCUUCGAGCGCCGUGAUCCUUCUCCCGCCACACUCGCCAUCGCCUCGUCUGCUGCGAGCGCGGGCGCCGCCGCCGGCAAGCGCUCAUCGGAUGCUCGUGCUCCAUUGGGAAUAGGAGUAUUCGUGGCUCUCCCGUGUCAAUCUGGUGAGGACGACCCCGCGUUGUUGUCACCUCCCGCAGCUGCGCUUCCUGGCGAGAACUGCUGCCGCCGUCCUCGCCGCCGCUUUCGUGGCCGCCAUCUCGGAGCGCAGCGGCCGGUCAUGGCGUCCGUUCUCGAAGCGGUUCCCUCUCCUUUGUCGGAAGAAGAUACCACGGCAUCUCCACCGCCUAAUUGUUUCACAGCCGGCGAUGAUGGGUAUCUCUAUUGCGAUGGGAUUCGAGUGGAAGAUAUCAUGGAAAAGCACGUCUUAGAGAGACGGCCAUUCUAUCUGUACAGCAGAAACCAAAUCACGAAGAAUUAUUUGGCCUAUGCACGAGCGCUUGACGGGUUGCAAUCGACCAUCGGAUACGCUGUUAAGGCCAAUAACAACUUGAAGAUUCUUCAACACCUUCAGUCUCUGGGAAGCGGGGCGGUUCUCGUUAGCGGGAACGAAUUGCAGCUGGCGUUGAAGGCAGGGUUCGACCCCUCCAGGUGUGUUUUCAAUGGAAACGGGAAGCUGUUGGAGGAGCUGGUUGUGGCAGCGGAGAAUGGAGUCCUUGUAAAUGUGGAUAGCGAGUUUGACCUGGAACAGAUCGCGGAAGCUGGUUCCAUAGUCAAGAAGCCAGUGAAUGUGUUGUUGAGAAUCAACCCGGACGUGGAUCCAGAGGUCCAUCCGUACGUGUCUACGGGGAACAAAAAUUCGAAGUUUGGUAUACGGAACGAGAAGCUGCAGUGGUUCUUGGACGAGAUCAAGAAGCGCCCUGAGCAGCUGACUUUGGUUGGUGCUCACUGUCAUCUUGGCUCGACAAUUACUAAGGUUGACAUUUUUGCUGAUGCAGCAGUGCUUAUGACCCAGUACUUGGCAGAGAUUCGAAGUCAAGGGUUCAAGGUCAAGUACCUGAACAUUGGUGGAGGCCUUGGCAUUGACUACUCAAGAUCUGGAAAGGUGUUGCCGACACCAGUGGAUCUGAUAAACACGCUGAUCUUUGUCAGAGACUCUGGGACUCUGGGCUCGGCUGUCUGAGACUCCAUCUCUGGGUCGAAAUCGACUCUGGGACCACGUAACUGAUGUCCAGAGAGGCUGCUGGAUCAAUCUACAAAAUGUAGGCCAUGCACCGAGCCAUCUCGUCAUCCGCAACACUCCUGAGGAAUAUCUCCUGUCGCUCCAAUCAGGAUCUGAACACGUCCCUUGCCGUAGAUAUAAUCAUAAGACACCUCGAUAAAGCAGUCUCCGUAAA